AUGUUGCUGGUUCUAUCGGCCGAGCAUAAGGCCCACCUUCAGCUCCUGGGUACACUUGAUCCGGCCAUCGUGACUGAGUUUGGCAACAUAGCCAUUGACUUUCUUCAAAAUGGCACAAACCAGAAAGUUUACCAAUCAGCCGCCAAGAAACUUGGUCUUCCCCUCACAGAUGUCUCCAGUGCGGUUGAAGGCAUCAUGUUUCUUCUGCUUGAAUGCGUUCGCUUGAACAUUGAGGAAACAGACUUGCACGAUUCGCUUCUGACACUCAGCUUUCCCACCGAGUUUUCCACACAGCUGAUCGAGAUUUACAAAACCCACCACGAAUUUCUGCGCUAUGUUCUUGACACUUUGGGACCCGAGGUGGCACAACGCUCCCUUUAUCAUCAACACCACUUAUCCUGUGUGCUGCGAUUGGACACCACCCGGCCUGGCGAACGUGGUGCCGUCCAAUCCAAUGUGCUGGAAACGGAUGUGACGACCCUCUUACAUGUGACACAACAACUGAAACAGGCCUUGAAGGAGGCAACCACCGCUCAUCACCGCAAAGUCUCACGUAGCGUGCGCUCUUAA